AUGUUGCACACUUAUUAUUAUUUGGCUAUUAUAGCCAUUAUAUUUUGUGUGCGUUCAUCAGAAGCUAUUGAUUGUACAUCAACAUCAUUUCAACAAGACUUAAAUGCCGCAGAAUUAGCUGCAUCAAAAAUACUUGCUGAUGAAUUUGGAGACUCAACAGCAGAACAAAUUCAGGCUGAAUUCGCUGAACAAUUUGGUGAAGACGCUGACAGUAUUAAUGUUACAGUAACACAAGUUGGUGAUACAAUUACCAUAGAAUAUCUACUUCUUUUUAAUUGCGAUCCACCACCAAUUAUAUUACCUGAUGGUACAGAACAAAAACAGGAAGCUAAAACUAAAGUUAAUACAACUGAUGUCGAAAACUGUUUUUCAGCAGGUCUAACUGAUCGAGCUAAUCAAAUAUCACUUAAAAAUGAUCAAAUUAAAGCAGGUGCAACUGAUACAACAUUGGAAUUUAAAGCAGGUGGCCCCAAGUUUUUUGAAUUUGUAAUUGAAAUACCAUCCACAUUAUAUACAAAAGCUAUAUCAGCUAGUUCACCUCAAACUGCAGAACAAUUCCAUAAAGUUCUUGCUACUUUUUUUCGUACUUCACUCAUUGCUAUUUAUUCUAAAACCCUCCGCGACGUCAAUUUUAUUUCGGCUAAACUAAAAUCUAAUGGUCGAUAUGCCUUAACAAAUCGAGUUUCUUUUACUGAAAAUAUAAACAACCAAAACUUGCGUACAGAAAUUUCCUCGAAUAUUCAAAAAAGUUUUUAUACAGCAAUAAAUAAUUUCAAAAUGUCCGCUAAAACAAUACCAAUUCCCGAAAAGGUACAAAUUAGUGCACCAAAACCAGUACGUAAAAAUACAAAGAAGACUGUUGUGAGUAAACUAACACAACUACUAAAAUCCAUAACAUCAAAUGCUAAAGAAACAUCAGCUAAAGCAUCUACAGCCACAUCGCAGGAUAAGACAAGUGAUUCAUCAAAAACGAAAACAACAGACACAAAAACAGGUUCGACCAGUGGAAGUAAUACAGGAAUUAUAGCUAACGCUGACUCAACCAAACAAGACACCAAAGCAGUUAAAACUUCAGGAUCCUCAGUUGCUGCCACGUCGAACAAUGACAAGCCAGCUUCAGCGAAUGUACCUGCCACGUCGAACAAUGACAAGCCAGCUUCAGCGAAUGUUCCUGCCACGUCCAACAAUGACAAGCCAGCUUCAGCGAAUGUUCCUGCCUCGCCACAAGCUGACACACGUGCUGCUACUGGUACCGGUUCUCUCACCAAUCAGAACACAAAUGCAGCAAAGACGCAAACUAAUGAUGCUGAUCGAGACACAAAAGCACAAAAGACAAAAACUGACACCAACCAACCAUCCCAAUCCGCAAACACUAAUCAAGACAAGAAUGCUGCCGGCCCAGUUAGUGGUGGCGCAGCAGCUGCUGUUUCCGAUGGCAAGUCAGCCAAAACAGCUACAGCAGGUGGCGUUGCAGCUGCAGCACCUGCUGGAAAGCCAACUCAAGUAUCUAAGGCAAGCGGUGACAGUGACGAGAAAACUGAUGGAAAGGCAACCCAAGUAAAUAAAGCAAGUGACGCAUCACAAUCUUCAGGUGGCGGUGGAGCUGUACUCAGUGGUGCAAAGACAAUUGAAGUAUCUAAAGUAAGCGAUAGUGGCGACCAUACUGCUGGAAAGGCAGUCGAAACACCUAAAGAAAAUGAACCUCAACAACCUUCCAGUGGUGUUGGAGCUGCAGUCGUUGGUGAAAAGAAAAUUAAAGUAUCUAAAGGCGGUGACAGUGACGAGAAAGCUAAUGGAAAGACAGGCAAAGCAACUAAAGCAAGUGAAACACCACAAUCUUCGGGUGGCGGUGAAGCUGUACUCACUGGUAAAAAAGCAGUCAAAGUAUCUAAAGGCGGUGCCAGUGACGAGAAAGCUGAUGAAAAGACAGGCAAAGCAACUAAAGCAAGUGACGCACAACAACCUUCAGGUGGUGUUGGAACUGUACUCAGUGGUGCAAAGACAAUUGAAGUAUCUAAAGUAAGCGAUAGUGGCGACCAUACUGCUGGAAAGGCAGUCGAAACACCUAAAGAAAAUGAACCUCACCAACCUUCCGGUGGUGUUGGAGCUGCAGUCAUUGGUGAAAAGAAAAUUAAAGUAUCUAAAGGCGGUGACAAUGACGAGCGUGCCGAUGUAAAGGAAGCCAAAACACCUAAAGAAAAUGAAUCUCAACAACCUUCAGGUGGUGUUGGAGCUGUACUCACUGGUGGAAAGUUAGUCAAAGUACCUAAAGGAAAUGACGGUGAAGAGGGUGAUGGUGGAAAGUCACCGAAAACAUCUAAAGAAAAUGAAGCUAAACAACCUUCCGGUGGUGUUGGAGCCUUACCCACUGGUGAAAAGUCAGGCAAAGUACCUAAAGGAAAUGAGGGUGAGAAGCGUGACGAUGGAAAGUCAUCGAAAACACCUAAAGAAAAUGAAGCUAAACAACCGUCAGGUGGUGUGGAAGCUGCUCCCGCUGGUGGAAAGCCAACUGAAGGUGACAAACUGAUCAAAAAGGUAAAUGACGCAGAUGUCGUGGGUGCUGUUGUCCUAGGUGGAAAAGCAGGUAAAGCACCUAAAGGUGGCAAAGAGAAAAAUGCGACAGCUCCUGUAGGAGCUGUUGUCCUAAGUGGAAACCCAAGUAAAGGUGACAAAGGGACCAAAAAGGCAGAUGGUGCAGAUGUUGUGGGUGCAGUUGUCCUAGGUGGAAAAGCAGGUAAAGCACCUAAAGGUGGUAAAGGGAAAAAUGCAACAGCUCCUGUAGGAGCUGUUGUCCUAAGUGAAAACCCAAGUGGCAAAGGGAAAAAUGCGACAGCUCCUGUAGGAGCUGUAGUCCUAGGUGGAAACCCAAGUAAAGGUGACAAAGGGACCAAAAAGGUGGAUGGUGCAGAUGUUGUGGGUGCUGUUGUCCUAGGUGGAAAAGCAGGUAAAGCACCUAAAGGUGGCAAAGGAAAAAAUGCGACAGCUCCUGUAGGAGCUGUUGUCCUAGGUGGAAACCCAAGUAAAGGUGACAAAGGGACCAAAAAGGCAGAUGGUGCAGAUGUUGUGGGUGCAGUUGUCCUAGGUGGAAAAGCAGGGAAAAAUGCGACAGCUCCUGUAGGAGCUGUUGUCCUAAGUGGAAACCCAAGUAAAGGUGACAAAGGGACCAAAAAGGUAGAUGGCGCAGAUGUGGUGGGUGCUGUUGUCCUAGGUGGAAAAGCAGGUAAAGCACCUAAAGGUGGCAAAGGAAAAAAUGCAACAGCUCCUGUAGGAGCUGUUGUCCUAGCGGGAAAAGCAGGUAAAGCGCCUAAAGGUGGCAAAGGGAAAAAUGCGACAGCUCCUGUAGGAGCUGUUGUCCUAAGUGGAAAACCAAGGAAAGGUGACAAAGCGAUCAAAAAGGUAGAUGGCGCAGAUGUUGUGGGUGCUGUUGUCCUAGGUAAGAAAGAAACUAAAUCAACUAAAACAAGCAAAGUGAAAGGAAAAUCGUCUGUCGUCAAAGCUGUUGGUGCUGGUGGAGAAGUAGUAGAGGCACCAAAACAAACGAAAGCGAUACAAACGCCUGGAAUUGUUGCAGAUGCUGUACCUAAAACACGAGAUGGUUUAUAUGUGGCACAAUCAUUACCGAGCAAUGGCUUAUCAAAUAUUGAUAGUGUUCCAAAGGUUCCAACGAACCAACCAUCUAGUGAUGUUCCCAAAACAGUCGAACCUGUGGUAGCUACUGGCAAAGGAAAGAAAAGGAAGAGUAAGAUUAGUAUUCCAAAAUUGAUUAGAAAGAGCGGCCAAUCACAAGGUGAACGUUUUGGUGUUUCUGAUCUGGAAUCUAAUAGAAUACGUGAUAUAACAAUUGAUUCAAUGCGUCAGAAUUAUCUGAAUACAGAUAUCGAUUUACGACAGCUUAGUUUACUCUAUAGUCUUCUUCGUGGACAUGUAUUCAAAGGACGAUUAUCAUCAAGGAAAUCGGAAUCAUCUGGUUGUGCACCACAGGAUGUCUAUGUGAAUUAUGUUUAUGAGCAUGAUAUACACAAUCAAGUGUUUAAUUCCUCGUUUCAAGAUCCUAAUUCAUUUGUUAUUCAAAGCCUUCAAUCUGAUAUUGCUCGUUACUCAGCAGAAGAAUUUUACAAACGAAAUUUAGUUUCUGAUGUUAAAGAUAAAGCACAUUUAAUAAGAAUAAUGGAUGUUAGCAAACAAUAUAAAGAUCUUGCGACACUUCGCUUUUAUGUUUCAAUCAUUGUGAGAGAAAGUUCAAUUCCAAUUAUUAGUGAUGUUUUCAAAGUGGUCUUUACAAAAUUACAAAAUGAACGUUUUGCAACAUCAAAUAAAAAAAUUGACUGGGGACGGAUGAUGCUUCUUCCAAUAACAAAAUAA